CCGGAGCAGGUCAGCAUCCUGAGCCUGUCGGCCCGCUGCCUGCUCCUCACCUGGCGGGACAACGAGGAGCUCAUCCUGCGCAUCCCCACCCACGAGAUCGCCGCCGCCUCCUACCUGCGCGACGACGCCCUGCACCUCCUGGUGCUGAAAACAGGCCUGGGAGUGGAUCCUGUUCCCGCAGGGGGGAACCUGGACGUGUACCCAGGGGGUAGCCUGGAGAAAAAGUUCCCUGGAGGGGCGUCUGAGAAGAGGCCGGCGGGGGUCUGCCUGGAGUCCAAGCAUCUGGGGGGCACCAUGGAGCGGCGGGAGACCCUCCGCAGGCGAGCGGGGAACAACCCGCUGGAUCCCAAGGAGCCCAGCCCUGAGGCCUAUUGCAACCUCAUCAUCCUGGCCGUGGCCAACAGGGAUGCCGCCGAAGAAUCCUGUGCCCUCAUCUGCCAGGUCUUCCAGAUCAUCUAUGGGGACCAGAGCAUCGAGUGCGUGGACCGGGCUGGCUUCCACUACACCUCCACCCCCGAGCGGCCCUGGCUCUCCAGCAGGAGCGAGAGCUGCCACACUGACGGGACGUACGGAUACGACGCCGAUUUCAGCUGCUGCAGCUCAUUCGAUGGCUCCCACGAGACCUUUGAAGCGUAUUACAGCGGGACGUCUUCCCCGUCCUUCCGGGAGUCACGUCACAGCCUGGCCACCGCCUGCAGCGGGAGCGACCAGAGCAGCGUGGGCCUGGAGCAGCUGCAGGACUACAUGGUCACGCUGAGGAGCAAGCUUUCUCCCCUGGAGAUCCAGCGCUUCGCGUUGCUGCUCAGGGAGUACCGGAUGGGUCGGUCCGUCCAGGAAUACUGCUCAGACCUGCUGCAGCUCUACGGGGACAAGAGGAAGUUCCUCCUCCUGGGUAAAUGGCUCGUUCCUGAGCCCUCUUGCCGGGGGCGCAGCCGGCUGAGCAUCGGCAUCCGGGAAGGGGGCAUCCUGACCGACAGCUUCGGGCGGAUCAAGCGCAGCAUGAGCAACACGUCGGCCUCCGCCGUGCGCAGCUACGACAGCUGGUCCCUGCACUCCGAGGCGGAGUCCUUCAACCGCCGCAUCACGGACAUCACCCACGACAUCGAGGCCCUGGCUCGCGACGAGGAGGACGAGCAGGAGGAGGAGGAAGAUAACUAUCUGUGA